ACUUUACCAAUGUAGAAGCAACAGUCAUGUUUCAUACUUUGAUCUGGUUUUAUCCAAAUAUCAUCAAAUUUCAUGAAAAACAUGAUUUUGACUGUUCGUGACCUUUAACUUAUGACUUGUUUGUGUAUCUCUAUUCUAUUAUGUCAAACAUUUGUAGUCUUUUUUACCUUGAUGGCAAAGCUGUAGCAGUUGAGUGCGGCCUGCAGGUGCUCGUCGAAGCCUGGGGCUUGUAGUGCUCUGUUCUCCUUCUCAGAGAGCAGGAAGAGCCGGGCAGCAUCGGUCAGGGCCAGGGCCUCCCCAGGAGCAUUGAAAAGAGUCUGCUCACACCUGUGGGUUCAGAUUCACGGUUUACUGCUGCUGCUGAUGCUCCUGGGGUCAAGACCUCAUAGACAGAUGCUGGCCGAGACUCUAGACUCUGAGAGAGGAGGGAGUUCCAGGUGAGACACAUUCAUUCUUGUGGAUUACAUAGGGCCUACAGUGGAUGUGAAAGUUAAUCAAAACAGUGAAUCUUUGUUGAUGAUAUUCUUUUGAUGACCCACACACAGCUUUGACAUGUGUCAAGGUGAUUUUUUUUUGUUUAACUCAUAAAAUCAAUGUGAUAUAGUUACAGCAAGUCAAUGGAGAUAGAGAGACAUGCUUACAGCGUAAACUGAAGCAGAGGCAGCUGCAUUCACUGAUGUUUUACUGUUCUCCUCCUCCUCUUCAUUCUCCCCUCUAUUCAUUCUGCUUACUCCACUACCGGUACUUCCAUUCUUCAAUAUAAAUUGACCCUGGAAAUCACAAGUUAACACACAAACACAGACUGAUACAAUGACAACAUAUCAACCACAACAGAAGGGUACAAAAAUAUACAGUGUUUCAAAACCUCCACCAAACCUUUCUCAAAUCUCUUACCCAUUCGCUUUUGAACACAUAUAUGGAGCCGAUCACACUGAAGAUGAGGAGGCCUGUGGUAAGAGCCCCCAACACGAUGAAAAGGCUGAAACCAGAGUAAGGCUGCCAGUACCCCUCGUCUGAAAGAGAGACAGAGACAGAGACAAAUACAGAGAGACAGAGACAAAUACAGAGAGACAGAGACAAAUACAGAGAGACAGAGACAUAUACAGAGACACAGAGACAAAUACAGAGACACAGAGAUACAGAGACAAUAAACAUAGUACAAUUCGAGUUUGUCCAGUGUCAGUCAAUGGCUGAACACUUUGGUUGGAAGUAGAUUAAUGUCAAGGGGAAAAAAAAGAGUUAGAGGGCUUUUUAUUUUCAUGAUGCCAAUCAUGCGUGUUGUUGAUGGUGGCGUGCAUCUGACAUUCAGCUGACAUCUACAGUAUUUGUACCAAAAAAGGGAUUGUGUUUUCACAAUCAUGUCAACAAUUCCUGUUACUCAACAUGUGGAUAACAGAAGUUUCACUAACUGACUAACUGUUAUCUUUCUAUCAUCCCUUAAUUUUCUUCUUCUUCUACCACACACUCACCUUUCACCAGAAGGGUCCAGAAGAUCUCCACAUCUUUAUACUUACAGUUAUACUCUCCUGAGUACGAACUGUUAUAUGCUGUUAUUUCCCAAUUAAAUAUGCUUGUUUUUGUUUCAGGAGAAAAUAGAAUAUUCCAUUCUUUUAUCUUCUUUUGGUCUGGAGGCCCAGAGCAGACUAAGUCGCUGGAGCUCUGAUUCAUUGGGAUGGUCACUCUGAGUUUGUAAUGGACCGUUUCUCCUGCCAGAGCCACUCUGAUUCUGUCCGGCAUGGAGAUGGCUGGGUUGGCUUCUAAAUUACACAGGGGGAUGUAGAGUAAGGCUCAAUCUGACAUCUAAGAACCAAAUACGCAACUUACUUAUGUAUUGAUUUGCAAUACUUUGAUAUAUCCCGCUAAAAAUACAUUGAUAUACAAUGUUGAUGAGAAAAGACAAUUCUGUAAAUGACAACAGGAAUUUCUAUCAUGACAUUUCUAACUUCUAACAUGAAAAAAUGACUUUCAACAGUAUCAUGGUAUUGGUAUUUAAAUGUUUUGUUAAUUAAAUACCCUUACCUUGAGCCUGAUGAUUUCCCAAACACAUCAGCACACACAGAACUCCCACCAUCCAGAAGCACAUUUUGAAGAGACACCAAAAGUUUCGUUUUUCCCCUCUGUUUCUAUUUCUCUGUGGUCACUUGAGAUAGGAAUACCUGUAUCAGUAUUGGAAGGAUUUCGUCGAAUUUCCCAAACAGUGUAUGAGUGUCGCUCUUAGCCUUUCCCCUGUUCAGAUUGCCCAGAAUGUGUAUGUCUAUAUCUGUUAGUCUUGGCCUCAGAGAGGUCGCAAUACUGGGGUUCCUGUUUUGCCCUGGCUACUUCCUCAAAGUAUUAAUUAAUGUGAGCCUUGUAAAAUCCCCAACCAUCAGAGAUAGAAUGACCAAGAUACUGUACUGAUCUAGGAGGCAUAGGCUAUAAACAGAUUAUGAAAGAAAGCAUGAAGCAUUUACAGCAGACAGGGAAUGUCCAAAAAGUAAAGUUAUUACAGUAUGUAUUCUUGUGUAUGUUUUGUUGUGAUACCACAGGCAGCUACUGUGUUAUUAUUGUGUUUGUUACGUCACUCACCAGAUCCAUCCCAGAUGCAGUGUUGAGUUUCCUCCACUGUGAGACAGUGUUGGAGAGACCCAGAGUUGAAGUUCAAACCACACGUGAGCACUAAAUGAGAGUCUGGCCCUUCAGAUGAAAGAGAGAGAGAGAGGAAAACAUCUGAGAAAGAGAGAAUGGAAUUCGUGGGAGGUGACAAAUUGUCUAUGUUAAUGAAAACCAGGGCAAAUCCACUGUCAACAGUAUGGAAGGUAUUCACCUGGAUUUGGUCAGUUGAUGUAUUGGACUGAACUUGGACGAUAACCAGAGCUGGAUGAAAUGUGUCAUCAUUUGAGAAAUGUGGAGAAUUUGCUGUUAUACUUUUGGGUUCUUGAAAUAAUGUUAUAGCUCAUAGGAUAACAAUCAUUCUUUACCUCCAUCUGCAUCAGAGAGAUGGGGAAACAGAGGGGUGGGGAAGGGGGGAAUGACAGGAAGACUAAAAAGAAAAGUGAAUAUGAAGAGAACACGUACGUCUGGAAACAGCUGGAACCCAGAAAGAGAGGGGGAGAGAGAGAGAGAGAGAGAAAGAGGGAGAGAGAGAAGAGAGAGUGAGAUGUGUACGCUCCUCAGUCCUCUCACAGUUCACAAAUAAAGAGUUCUUAAGUGGGUCCGCACUGCCCAGCCACAUUCUCCUGCUAAUCACAUUACUACUGCAGGGACAGAGAGGAGAAGAGAGGGAAGAAGAAGAGGAGACCAGGGCAUUGGAAGAGUGGAGGAGAGAAAAGGGGGAGAUAAUACUUCAAAUAAAGUGAAGGCACCAAGUUCUAUUGAGUGACAAUUUGGACCUGCUAAAUUAAACCUAAUUCCCUGAAGGUGGCUGUGUCUUCUCAUCAUGGCCCCUCAAACUGUGAUGCUGCUGCUGCUUCUGGCUGCCAUGGCGACCAUGGCCCAGUCCGUUAGCGAGGAGAACGAACUGGAUUAUGGGUACUGGAACUACCGGGAGGGAGCUGAGAGUGUGAACGUGACCACUGUCCGCAGUGUGACCAGAGUCCUGGACGUCUGGGGAAAACGCAUCUUCAACGAGAUCAAGACCCUACUCCACUCUCAGCCCAGCACCCUGCUCCCUGACUACUCCAGGGUGCGCCCUCUGUCCGAGUCACUCAACGAUCUCUUCAGGGAAGUCACUCUGCUGCACAGGCGUAUCACGGAACUCACCCAUCGCCUAGCAACCCUGGAACCAUUCCUCCGUCGCCACGGCUACCGGGACGAGGGGGAGGAGGGAGGGGGUGGCGGUAGCAGGGCUCUGCCACCUCGGAGCAUGAGAGGUGGCGCAGCGAGACUGACGAGGUACACCUUGAAGAAGGCGGUCCCUGUGAGGGGGACUAGGGUGGUGAGGAGGAGGAGGGUGAGAGUAUACAACAACGGACAAGUUAGGAUGCUGGAGAGUGCGAGUGAGAGAUAGCGGGAGGGAUUGUGGACUACGGAGGAGUGUGAUAGUAGGAAAGUUAGUGUUAGGGUUCUAAGUUCAGUGAGAGGUCAAAGGUGAAAGAGCGAGUAAUUAACGAAAUAGAGUCUGCAAAUAAUUAUAAUGUAUCAAAAUCUGAUAUCUAUUGUAGAAAGUUGAUGUAAAAUGUAUGUAUUCUCUAUCUCUGCUUCAUUAUAAACAAAGAUGUGCAUCUGUAGUUGUUAUGUGUAUCAAUCCAUGAGAGAGCAAUGAUAUAUUCAUUAAACAAACUCAUCAAGUC